UAUGUUUGAAUCUAUAGCCAACCUAAAACUUAUAUUAUAUUUAAAAUUCAAAUUCAAAUGGCAAACGAAAGCUAUAUUUGGCAUGUAAGUCACUCAAGCGCUGACAGUCUAAUUUAGACAAACCAAGUGUGUAGACGCAAAGCAGUCAAAGAAUACGAAAUUUAAAAAAAAAUAUUUGCCAACUAACCAAAUAAAUUCAAUGACUUUAUUAGCAAAUAAAUUAAAUUCAACUAAAAUGCUAACAUUUUACCUACUCUUCUCAUUAUCCUUGUGGUCCUGCGCGAGUGCUUAUGUGACACCAAGCGAUUUGCCAGAACGUGUUGGUGACAAAUUUAUAUAUUUCGGUUACGGUAGUAAUAUGUUGACGAAGCGCAUUCAUAUACAAAACCCAACGGCCGUGAAGAUCGGUAUGGGUAUUCUGAAGGAUUAUCGUUUGGAUUUUAAUACAUACACCGAGCGUUGGGGCGGUGCGCCGGCGACAAUUGUGCCCACGGAUGGCGCGUACGUUUAUGGCACAUUGUGGGAGAUUUCGCUUAGUAAUUUGGAUGAUAUUGAUGACCAAGAGGGCGUUCAUGAGGGUAUUUACUACGCCGCAAGGCUGCCCGUAAUGCUGCCGAACGACACAUUGACUACAGCACGCGCCUACCUAUUGGCUGAUCAACCGAAAACCCCCUUAAAUGAUUUCCCUAGUAGUGAUAAAAUACCACAAAACCGUCAACCAUCGAAAACGUACUUACAGUGUUUGGUAAAGGGCGCACAAGAAACGGGCAUAGUACCCUGGUAUGUGGAGUGGUUGAAGUCUGUAAAACAUAACGGUCACAUAGCGCAGGAUUUGGAGCAAAUUUUAGACUUGAAGGAUGUGAAGUUGAAUUCUUGAAGUGUCUGUGCUGUUAAUAUGC